CUAGUCGGACAUAUUUCGAUGCCCCUCAAUAUCCGAAUCCGGAAGUAGUGCAGGGUAAAUUCACGUGUACGAUAUGAAAAAUACUAAAAAACAAAAGAAUGUUUCCAAAAAGGGUAAAUUUAAGCCUGGGUCCAAGAGAAGAGAAAACAAAUGCCUCGUUACGUUUGACGACAAAGACAGAGAGGAUUAUUUAACAGGUUUCCAUAAAAGGAAGGUGGAGAGAAGGAAAACAGCAUUGGCAGAAAUUCGAAAGAAGAUAAAAGACGAGCAGAUCAGAGUCAGAGAAGAAAGGCACAAGGAAUACAUGAGGCUGCUGAAGGAGAGGACAGACGCUCUGCAGGAGGCUGAAGAUGAUCUGGAAGAUGCAAUAACCGGUAAAACGGAGUCCGUGCAGUACGAUCACCCCAGCCACACCGUCACCGUGACAACCAUCAGUGAACUCGACCUCUCAGGAGCGCACUUGCUUGGACCAGCAGACAACCCGGUUAACGGAGAGUGCAAAGAUGAAGAAAAUGGGAAAAGAAAGGAGGAGGAAAGGAGAGCGAUGCCUCGAAAAGCCAGAGAUACGAUUAUGAACAAAAAGAUCCGCUCUCUGAACGCGUCGCUCAGCUCUUUCACCUGCAAGAAGAGGAAAGGGAAGCGGGAAGGCGGAAGUGGACGAGGCCGUCAGGCGGACAAGAAACAGAGCGCCGCAGAGGGUAAAAAAAAAGCCGGGAAGUCCACCAAGUGGCAGCGACGUCGACUGACUGGGAAAAAGGUGCAUCAUCGGGUGUGAAGGAGUGUGGGAGAAUUAUUGUUAUUAUAAUUUAGUGCUGCAACCGUGAAACCGAAUGCCACAGGUGAACAGAUUGGACUUUUGAGUAUUCCGGCUCCUGUGUUUGAGCAGGACGCUUGCCGAGAAGAGUGUACAGUGAAAUCGGACUGAUGUGAAUGCUCUCUGUGCUUCUGUUGGACCGUCUAUCAGACAUUUCCAGUGUAUCUGCCACUUGUCUUUUUUUCUCAAUUUGUUUUUGUAGUGUUUCCUACUUGAUCGUAUCAAACUGAAUUGUACUUGCCUACAUUUUGAUGAAAUAAAAUAUUAAUCUUGCUAAAAAGUGA